AUGGCUGUAAAUCCACAAGAUUUCGAGCAGUUUAUCCUGAGACGAAUUCGCAUCACUGAGAAUGAGUUGGGACGAGGUUCCUACGCUGUUAUCAUGGAGCUAGAGUAUCAAGGACUGAAAUGUGCUGGCAAGAAGCUUUACCAAGUUCUCUACGAGACUGGAAUUGGGCAUGCAGCACAAAGGUAUCUGGAGGAAUGUCACCUGCUCAGUCAAACUAGGCACCCCAACAUUGUCCAGUUUCUGGGAGUCUGUUUUGAGGAAGGCUUACAGUUUCCCAUCCUAGUCAUGGAGUUCCUCCCCACCAACUUGACCAGCUGUCUCGAGCGCUACAGUAUUCUCCCCGACGAGAUCAACUUCUCUAUCCUCCAUGACGUCUCACUGGGCCUGGUCUACCUCCAUGGCCAAACACCAGUCAUUGUGCACAGAGACCUCUCAGCCAACAAUGUCCUCUUGUCCACCAACAUGACGGCCAAGAUAUCCGAUCUGGGGGUUGCUCGAAUAUUAAACCUGACCCCCCUUCAAGUGAGUCGAAUGACAGAGACCCCUGGCACCCCAGCAUACAUGCCCCCCGAAGUGAUGAUUGCUGACCCCCACUACGAUACCAGUCUGGAUGUGUUCUCAUUUGGGAUAAUGAUGAUUCACACCUUCACAGCAGAGUGGCCACUACCAAAGAUCGGCCCCAACAGAAUCGAUCCUGCUAAUCCCAAUAGUCUGAUACCAGUGACUGAAGCUGAACGACGUGAAGAGUUUCUUCGAAAAAUUCCCCCAAACCACCCUCUGAUGGACCUCAUCAUGCACUGUCUCAGCAACAACCCUCAGCAAAGGCCUAGAGCAGCGGAGAUAGUGGGUCGGAUGGAGACCGUGGAACUUGAACACCCUCCCUCCAUUGAGAACAGGGUGGAGAUGCUCCAGCGAGUGAGUGCCCUGCUGACAGAGAAGAGGGAGCUUGAGGAGGAGGUUGUGAGGAAGGACUCGACAAUCCAGGAGAGAGAAGGAGAGAUCGAGGCACUGGCAGAGGAGAAAAGACGACAAGAGGAAAAAAGUGAAAACACUGUCGAGCGUGUGCAGUUGGUGCACUUCAUGGAAACUGAUUAA